AAAUGUUGGUCUUUCACAUUGAGUCAUCACUUACGUCUUGAAUGAAAACUCCCCUGAGACACUUCUAGUCCCCUGUUCAGUCUCACACUCAGAGGGUCGCAGGACGCAUCUCUUCUCAUCUCCUCAUCCACCAUGCAGCUCCUCUGUUACGUCGCUCUCCUCUUCCUGUGCAGUCUCCCUUUCCUCUCAUCUGUGUUUCCACUACAAUGCAGUCGCAAAGAAUAUCGCUGGCCAGUGACCGACUCCAAGGUUUGCUGUAAGAUGUGCCCACCAGGUGAACAUAUGAAGCGUCGGGACCAAUGUGAUAUAGUCUGUGAACCUUGCCCGGAGCUACGAUACAGUGAUAAUUACAAUGUGGAGAGCAGUUGUACAAUUUGCAGUAUGUGCACAAGAGAUAACAUGGAGUAUAAGUCAAAAUGUAAUCCCACUCAUGACGCUGUGUGCAGCUGCAAAACUGGCUUCAGCUGCAAAGACAAAGCCUGCACCCAGUGUGUGCCGAUACCAGUCACCGCCAAACCCACCCUCCCUCCAUCCACUACCAUCUCCAAAACUGAAGAAGUCACAACAUUCAAGCCCAAUAAACCCAUCGCAGAGACGGUGUGGUUCCUGGUGAUAAUCGCCCUCCUGUGUAUCGGAAUCGCACUUGUCGUCAUAACAAAAAUAAAGCCCCUACUACGCUGGAUCAGGUCCAAGGACAGCUUCUUUUUCACUGACAAACCAGAACAAUCCUACUCUGAGGACGACAGUGAAUGCACGCCUGUCCAGGAAGUCUGCGGGGAAUGUGAUCAACCUAUCGAUGUGUGCAUCAAAUGCUAAAUAGGUGACGAGAAAAGGUGACGAGAAAACAUCCUGUGUGGCUAAGGACAUUUAUGGCUAAUGAGGCCAAACUCCACUUCAGUCCAUGCUGGCGAAAGAACCAGAGAGGUCAAGUAUUUCUGGACUGAUUCGGUUUCCUGAGCGGAAACAUGAGUCUUUGACAUCUGUGACGAUAAGAUGAUAAAAGUGUAUAAAACAUGGAGAUAAAGUGUAAAUACAGAGAGGGACACUGCGAUACGCACAAGUUAGAAAUUUUGCACCAUGUUGUAGUUGGUAUGUACUAUGGUACACAAAAGUUAAAGUGUGUAUAUAUGAAUACAUUUUUGCUGUAGUUUUGUGGUUAGAUCAUAGAUCAUGUGGAUUUUUUGUAAUGAAUAUUUCUACUCAAAUGUACACAA